GUAUGGCCGUGGUCUUUAGUCGGUGCGAGCCUGUCCAUCCUUCAGGAAAUUAGUCUUUUUUUUCCCCCCAACCCAGCUGCCCUGAUUCCAUGCUCGAGAAGAUCGUAGACCAGUUACUAGCUUAGCUCAGGGAACGUCCGAUUAGUGCGGUGAUACAGUGCGAUUGGAUUACAAACCAUGAAGUUCCUCUUGCUCGCUUGUCUACUGGCUACGAGCUUGUUAUUAUCCGUGACCGCGAAAACCGAGAUCGAGGAUGGCGAGGAGAAGCCGGAGAUUACGAAGUUGGAAGUAGUUGAUCUCGGCGAGGGCGAGGGCGACGUGGACGACGCGGAGGAAGUUCAGAAAAAGAGGGAUUCGGGAUAUUCGUACAGGAGGCCGGCCAACCACGCUUUAGCCUCGAGGACUCGUUUCCAAGUUGGACAAUCAAGCGGCCACGGAGGGCGCAUAGUUAAUAGACAUCCCGGGCAAAUAAAUAGACCGGUUACGAAAUACGGUCCACCCGGUUAUCAGAACUCGUCCCCAACCAGGCUGACUUCGUCGCACGGUCAACAGCAUCGGGACAAAUUGCAAUUCCACGGACAUUUCGGUCAACAACAUUCGAGCAACUUGGACGGCCGUCCAGGUGGCCUCCCGUUCGAGCAGGAAAUACCAAGUCCGAUCAGACAGGUCGAUUUCGUCGAACCGAAUCCAAUAUCAACGCAAAACGACGAGCCGUUUGCCGGCCAUUCGGCCAAUUACUUGCCUCCCCACAAUCAAAAGUUACCCGGCCCUUCCACGCCCCAGAUCUUCGCGCCCGUCCACCAGGGCCAACAGCAACAACAAUUGGCGAAUUUUCAAAAUCGGGACGUCGCUCAAGGGCAUAUAUCGGACGCUGCCCUUUUCCUCUCCCAAAACGCUCAAGCCAUACAACAGCUUUACGGCGCCCCUCCGAACGAGCAGGAUUUCGCGCCGAACGCCGACCACCAAUUCCUGGGCCACGCGAAUCAAGCGUCGCAGCUCGAAAAUUUCGAGGCGACCUCCCAAACCCCGCAAAACUUCCCGGCUCCGUUGCCGUCCUACGCGUCUGGAACCCUUACCGCCCAAGAGACGUUGCAACAGAUACAAUCCCUCGAAAAGGACAGGCUGAUCGCCCAGUUGCAGCACGCGCUCGCCGCCCAGGCACAGCCGCUGCAAAACGUGGCCGCGGACGUAGCUGGAAGGUACGCUCAAAAUCAGCCUGGCUUCGUUCAGAAUCAAGACCUUCUGGCUUCCAUCGGGCAGCGAAUCACCAAGUUUCACGGUUUAAACGCGCGGCCGAGCACCGUGAGCUUCGGUUCCACAGGAAACACAGCUUUCAAUCAAUCACCUUUUUUGCCAGGGACGACCGUCGGUCCGGGGUUUCCGCUUAGCUACGGCCCGCUGUCCACCACCGUCCGGCCCUCGACCACCGCCGCGACGACGACCACGUCCACCACCGCAGCGACAACCACCACCGCCCCUCAACCGGCCAAACCCGACGCAACCUCUCAAGUCGGUUCUUCGCUGCCCGCGCCGCAGGUCCCCGUUUACGGGGGAUUCGUCCCAUUCCUAGCCGGCGCCGCUUUCCUCCCCAACGUCCCCGCGUCCUACGGCCCCGCGUUCCUCGCCCCCGGCCCCCUCACCUCCGUCCACUCCUCAACCUCCUCGCCCACUCACUUCGGCAUCCCCAUACCCACGGACAAACCCGCCGCCGGAAACACCCCCGCGCCACCCACGUCCCCCGCCACUCCCUCCGCCAGCCGACCGCCCUCCCCUCCCUCGCUCCAUCCCGUCCCGGCGACCCCCCUCCACCCCGUCGCGCCUCUCCACCCCGUCGCGCCCCUCCACCCCGUCGCGCCCCUUCAACCGGUGCUCCCCCCCGCGACACACGCGCAUCCCCCGCCGACCGCGAAUCCCGGCUACGGGUUGCAAACGGCGGUGAUCAAUCCGCUGCUGUACAAGCCCGUCAAACCGGUCUAUCCGUUCUACUAUUACCAGAACGUCGCGUAUCAGGUGCCGAAACCGUCGGCGUUGCCCACGUAUCCGUGGAGCUACGCGCCGACCUAUGCCCAAGCGAAACCGACCCAAAUAUGGUAAAUGAAACGGAGUCAUCCCGUUCUCAAUCGGGUUAAUCGUGAUAGCUGCUUGCUUCCCCUCCUCCUCCUGUCCCCUUCCUAGUAUCGAGACUGACUGUUUACCCACGCGGAAAAGGGAACCCGAACGAGAAAUUGAAGAAGAAAGUAAUAAGUGUGGCACUGUGUGGCGGCGAGUCGCGGUAACGUUUCGGUUUAGAUAACGAGAUAGAGAGAGAGAGAGAGAGAUGGUCUCGUUAUUAGCUCGUGGUUUGAAAUUUUAAUCUGGAAUCUAUUUAUAUACGCGUUGCAUGGCGUUUCUUUUUUUUCGUUUCGUUUUGUUUGUUUUCUUCUUUCGAUAACUGAGAUAGUUAUUGUAGAGUUGUAUGUAUGGAUUAUCAGGAAUAUACUUAUUCGUUGUUAUUUGGUUUUAUCGGUACGUAAGGAAUAAUCAGAGACAGGGUUUUUACUUUUCACACGAAGGUGGGAUAAACGGGAAACUAUUCGUGUUUCUUUUAUUUAUAUAGGUUAAUUUUUAAUGUCGAUCGAUUAUCGAUUUCCGAUUGCGGUUGCCUUCUCCCUUAAUUGCGUACGAUUUCUCUACGAUUAAACGUUGUACAUACGCAUACAAGUUUUUAUUUAUUGUAUCGAAUAAAUAUUUUUUUACUUGA